UCCUCCGCAGACCCAGCCCAUUGCCGGGCGGGGCGGCCUAGGCCGCCUCUGUCAACGGCUGCCGAGUCUCUUUCCACGGUUGCCUUGGAAGGGGAGCCGCCGACGGAGCCCGGGAGCCGGGCAGGGAGAACAGGGAGCCUCCCCGCCCGCCUGCGGUCGUGCCAUGCGAUGCCAGGAGCUGCCGCGGAUGAGACCUUGGUGCAUCUCUGGGACCUGCAAUGACCAGUCUUAGCAGUCGCCAUGCAGAGAAAACCGGUGAAAUGUCUUCAAAGCAGACAGCGCCAAAAGUGCAGGUCCAGCGAUCUGUCUCCCAAGAUACCAUCACCAUUCAUUUCUCGGCAUUUGGGAAGGAGGAAGAGGAGGAGGAGGAGGAGGAAGAGUUUACGGAGUCUCCCACUGUGGCACUGGACGACCAAAGCAUUGUAACAGGACUUGAAGCGAGGGAAGACCUAUGCUUUGAUCAUGGUGACCCUGACUCUUCUGGCCCCACUACCUCGCUUAACAUGGCUGCGUCCCCACUCGUCUUCUCUCCCACUGCCAUGCCAACUGCAAAGCCAUUGGAGUCUUCAGCAUCCCAAGUAUUCAGUUCAGUGCCAUUAGCCCUUUCGCCCUCUUCACAGUCGUGUCAUGCCGCUAGCCCAUCUGGCACGACGUUGCCUUCAGAACCGAGAACCAGCUUAUCAUCUUCUCCGUUGCCUUCUCCUUCCAAGUCCCUUGUUUUGUCUAGUGCGCCAUCCACUGUUACCAGCUCAAAGCCUUUCAUGAGUUUAGUGAAGUCUCUUUCGACAGAUGUAGAACCAAAAGAGCCCACUCCACCCACAAGACAUAGACACUUAAUGAAAACCAUAGUGAAGUCUCUGUCUACAGAUACUUCUAAGCAGGAGCCUGAAAGUGCGCCCAGCAAACCACCUGACUCUAAGUUGAACUUACACUUAUUCAAGCAGUUCACCCAACCGCGGAGUACUGGCGGCGAUUCCAAAACCGCGCCUUCAUCCCCCUUAACGUCUCCCUCGGAUACGCGAUCCUUUUUUAAAGUACCUGAAAUGGAGGCCAAAAUUGAGGACACGAAAAGACGCCUUUCAGAAGUAAUUUAUGAGCCUUUUCAGCUCCUCAGCAAAAUCAUGGGCGACGAGAGUAGUGGCCACAGGCCCAAAGCCUUAUCUUCAAGUGCUUCAGAACUGUCCAAUCUUUCCAGCUUGAAUGGCCAUUUGGAAAGCAAUAACAACUAUAGCAUUAAAGAGGAGGAAUACGAUUCGGAAGGAGACUUCUAUGGAAGUGAUUCCCACAUAAAUAAGAGUAGCAAACAGCCCCAAGCAGCUGAAGAGCAUGGAAAAGAGACGGAAACGAAAAGUUCCCCAUUGUUAAGCACAAAGGACUUCAAUUCAAAGGCGUCACUGGGACUGGAAAGGUGUUCUCUGUCUGCCUUGGCGAGCAAAGAUGAUGAGGAGUUCUGUGAAUUGUACUCGGAGGAGUUCUGUGUGAUAGAGGAUGAGAGCAAAGUCGACAAGCCCUUGGAAAGUGCCCUGAUGACGGGGCUGCCUGAAGAAAGCUCUGUGUCCUUCAGUAGUGAACGUGAAAUGGAAGUACCCGUGGAACAGGUUAACCUCCCAAUGAAGACAUUGUACUUUCUCACAAUGUUGAUCUAUGCUUACCUUAUACUCCCGCUCCCUAGUUACUUCAGUGGACUCUUCCUGGGAGUUGCCAUUGGAUUUAUGAUUGCCGUCUUUGUUGUUUGGCUUUUUACACCAAGUGCUAGGUAUAGCAGGCUACACAGAUAUGACACUUGGCAGCUGAACGCAGAACCUCUGGACAUUAGAGAGCCUGAGAUAUUGAAGGGCUGGAUGAAUGAAAUCUCCAACUACGAUCCAGAAACCUACCAUGCUACUUUGACUCACUCCGUCUUUGUGAGACUUGAGGGAAGUACCUUAAGACUUUCAAAACCCAACAAAAAUAUUUCCAGAAGGGCUAUCUAUAAUGAAUCAAAGGCUGAAGUGGUCUACAUUAGCCAGAAAAUUUAUGAUCUUACAGACAGCAAGAUUCACCUAGUUCCCAAAAGUUUGGCUCGCAAACGAAUCUGGAAUAAAAAGUAUCCUAUUUGCAUUGAGCUUGGGCCGCAAGAUGAUUUUAUGGCUAAAGCCCAGACUGAUAAAGAGACCUUGGAAGAGAAGCCAUCCACAGAAAAAGCAGAGCUCGUCAGUGAAGAAUGCAAGAAACAGCCUCAGGAUGGAGCUAAGUCAGUCACUCAAAAGGAUCAAGUGCUUUAUCUCUUUGGAAGGACUGGUAGGGAGAAGGAAGAAUGGUUUAGGAGAUUUCUCUUGGCUUCUAAAUUGAAAUCUGAAGGAAAAAAGCCAGUUGUAUGCGGAAACAAGCCAGGAUUUUUGCCAGCGCACAGCAGAUCCAAUAGCCAGACCGGAAUUCUUACGCACAGUCGAAGCAGCAGCAAAGGAAGCACAGAAGAAAUCCUCUCUCAGCCAAAGCAGAAGGAACUGUCAGCCAUUGUGAGACAAAAAAUGUUUUUGGAUUACGGCGUGUACAUGGCAAAGUGCAUUCCACCAGAACAACGAAGCCCCAUCGCCAGCCCAGUUCACAGUGCUGACAGUAGCCCGACUGCUGUGAAGAAGUUGCCAGAUGUCCAUGGUGAAGAAGAAGAGGAGGAAGCGUGGGUGAAUGCUUUGCUUGGAAGAAUAUUUUGGGAUUUUUUGGGAGAAAAGUAUUGGUCUGACCUCGUGUCUAAGAAGAUACAAAUGAAGCUUAGCAAAAUAAAGUUGCCGUACUUCAUGAAUGAGCUAACACUAACUGAACUAGACAUGGGAGUUGCAAUGCCGAAAAUCCUUCAAGCCUACAAACCCACUGUGGAUUACAAAGGGCUUUGGGUUGACUUGGAAAUAUCCUACAAUGGAUCUUUUUUAAUGACCCUUGAGACCAAAAUGAAUUUGACCAAACUUGGUAAAGAGCCCUUGAGUGAAACACUGAAGCUUGGAGACAUUGGCAAAGAAGGUUUCAGGCCAAGAGCGUACUGCCUUGCAGACAGUGAUGAGGAAUCGUCUAGCGCUGGCUCCUCGGAGGAAGAUGAUGCUCCAGAGGCAACAGGGACCGAGAAGCCUAUAGCACCAGGAGCUGAAGGUUACGUGGCAGGACAUCGAACAAGCAAAAUCAUGAGAUUUGUGGAUAAAAUUACAAAGUCGAAAUACUUCCAAAAAGCAACAGAGACAGAGUUCAUCAAAAAGAAAAUUGAAGAGGUCUCAAACACUCCACUGCUGCUAACUGUUGAGGUGCAAGAAUGCAAAGGGAAGUUGGCAGUAAACAUUCCACCGCCACCUACCGAUAGAAUAUGGUACGGUUUCCGAAGGCCACCCUAUCUGGAGCUGAAAGCUCGCCCGAAGCUUGGUGAGAGAGAGGUGACGUUGGUUCACGUGACAGAGUGGAUAGAGAGAAAAUUGGAACAAGAAUUCCAGAAAAUCUUUGUCAUGCCAAACAUGGACGACAUUUAUAUUCCUCUAAUGCACUCGGCCAUGGAUCCUCGUUCGUCAGUUUGCUCUCUGAAAGAUCCCAUCCUGGAGGCUGCUGAUCAACCAUGAAAUGUGACAUCUGUCGUUUACAGUAUUAACAAGGUUUUCUUUCCUUUUUUCAAACAAAAGUAAACGAAGUUUCUGUCCUAGUGCCACACUGUGUUUUUUUCCCUUACUGAAGAUGGAUGCUUUUAUUCCAUCGGUUGCCCAGUUUUCCAGGCACUGCUCCUACCGACUUAAGUUAUGCAAGCUUUCCCUUCUAUCCUUAAUGUUGUUUGUAUCUCUUUGCAGCAGCUGCCGUUGAGGUUUUAGCCUAGCAGCUAACGUGCACUUUUCUGCAGCAAAUUACUAAAAGGAAAAAAAACCACAAAUUUCUAUCGGUCAGGAGUUUUACGGCACAAACCGAGUUCAGUGUGUGGGCACGCAGUCCUGGUAAUGCACAUGGCGCGUUGAUAGGUUUGAAUCUCUUGCAGCCCAUUAAAAUCUAUACCUCCAUAAGGAACCAAUCUGUAACUGGAAGACUGGGGUUUGUUUUGUUCCUUUCUUGUGCGUGUUCGUUUUCUCUUUCUCAGGCAGUUGGAGGUGUAAACUGAACUAGAACGUUCUUUCACUUCUGCGGGCGAUGGCUUGUGUCAAGCAAACUUUGAAAAUGUCUUUUUUGGGGGAGUUAAGAAUGUAAAUUGGGUGUAUAGGUAAUAUUGUGAAUCACUUUGUGUGGGUUAUACGUAGUAACUUAUUUUUUCAUGCAAAAAUUGCAAUCCUUUUGGAAACGAGUAGCCAUAUAAGACAUGCAGACGUGCCGAAUUGGCUAGUGUGG